CGCGAAAUACACAAACGGACUCGGAAGUAUCGACAGCAGAUAAGAGUUUGUCUUCGGGCCUAAUUUUUCAGCACCGACUUCGGGAUAAUUACUGUGAACUUCGCAAACCGUUAAAAAUGACAAGGAAUUUGACUACAGGAAUCUAGAACACAACACGCCAGUUUUGCUGUCUCUGUCCAGAUAUUUAAGAAGUUGAGCAAGGGAUUCACUCGAUCAUCCUUCCUACUCAGACUGUAGUGAGAGAUUCACUCGAUCACCUGACCAACUGGCACGCCCGUCAUUUUACACAGGGGGGACCCAUUCACCUGCUCAGACAGUGGGAAUGGAUUCAGUCGGUCAUCUCAACUGAAGGUACAUCAGCAAAUUCACACUUGGACAAGUCCAUUCACCUGUUCUGUGUGUGAGAAGGGUUUCAGUUGAUCAUUCCACCUGUGGACACACCAGUCAGUUCACACUGGGCACAGGCUGGUCAUCUGCUGAAUUUGUGGGAAGGGAUUCACUCGGUCAUCUGACCUAACGGCUCACCAGUGAGUUCACACCGGGGAGCGGAUGUUCACCUGCUCAGUCUGUGGGAAGGGAUUCACUCGGUCAUCUGAUCUAAUGGCUCACCAGCGAGUUCACACCGGGGAGCGGAUGUUCACCUGCUCAGACUGUGGGAAGGGAUUCACUUGCUCAGCUAAUCUGAAGGUGCAUCAGCGAGUUCACACUGGGGAGAGGCCAUUCACCUGCUCAGCGUGUGGGAAGGGAUUCACUCAGUCAUCCCACCUACGUAGUCACGAACGAGUUCACACUGGGGAGAAGCCGUUCACCUGCUCAGACUGUGGAAAGGAAUUCACAAAGUCAUCUCAACUCAAGGUACACCAGCGAGUUCACACUGGAGAGAGGCCGUUCACCUGCUCAGACUGUGGGAAGGGAUUCACUCAGUCAUCAAACCUACAGAGUCACCAACGAGUUCACACUGGGGAGAAGCCGUUUACCUGCUCAGACUGUGGGAAGGGAUUCACUGACUUAUUUCAACUGAAGGUACAUCAGCGAGUUCACACUGGGGAGAGGCCAUUCACCUGCUCAGAAUGUGGGAAGGGAUUCACUCAGUUAUCCGCCCUACAGAGACACCAACGAGUUCACACUGGGGAGAGGCCGUUCACCUGCUCGGACUGUGGGAAGGGAUUCACUUCGUCAUCCACCCUAUUGGUACACCGGACACUUCACACUGGGGAGAGGCCGUUCACCUGCUCAGAUUGUGGGAAGGGAUUCACUCAGUCAUCUAAACUACUGGCACACCGGUCAGUUCACACUGGGGAGAGGCCGUUCACCUGCUCAGAUUGUGGGAAGGGAUUCACUCGGUCAUCUGAUCUGCAGAUACACCAGCGAGUUCACACUGGGGAGAGACCGUUCACCUGCUCAGACUGUGGGAAGGGAUUCACUUCGUCAUCUCACCUACUGACACACCAGUCAGUUCACACCGGGGAGAAGCCAUUCACCUGCUCAGUCUGUGGGAAGAGAUUCACUCAAUCAUCCACCCUACGGAGACACCAGUCAGUUCACACUGGGGAGAAGCCGUUCAUCUGCUCAGACUGUGGGAAGGGAUUCACUCGAUCAUCCCAACUACUGGCACACCAGUCAGUUCACGCUGGGGAGAAGCCAUUCACCUGCUCAGACUUUGGGAAGAGUUUCUCUCAGCCAAAUGAACUGAAUGUGCAUCAUUGAGUUUACACUGGGGAAUAAGUUUCAAUAAGCUGCAUGCUGGAUAUUUGUCCAUUACCGUUGCUGAAUGCAAUUUCAAGAGUGACUGUCGAUGCUGAACUCUGCAAUUAUUGCUGCUGCUCACCACACCCAGUUCUGCACCCUGGUCACUGGGCAUGGGAGUAGUUUCUUCUGCUGCACAUUCACCUUUAAUGGGACUGGAGUUUAACAUUCUGGAUCUGAGACAAAUAAAUCAGUUCUAUUUCAAACUCUGUCUCCGGUACUUAGUGAAUUUAUAACACACCCAGUAUACGGUAGAGAGUCAACACAAGCCGGCUGGACCCUUGCAGUGAUUCUGUUCCGUGAUGGUCCAUUUAAAUCCUCCCCUGUUGUUCCCCUCUCUCUCUCCCUGUGAUGACAGGUUCCAAACAGUCACCACUCUGUGGGUGAAGAGGUUUCCCUUGGGUAUUCUUCAGACUGAAGAAGUCGAGGUGACAGCAGUUCUGUCUGUUCCGGAAUAUUAAGUGUGUAGUAGAGAAAGGUGAGGUGGAACAAGUGAUUAGGAGGACACAUGUACAGAGGGAUGGUCUGAUGGAACAUGAAGUAAAAUGUGUUGAAAGAAUAAGUAAAUUUAGGAAGGACAACAAAAUUCUAGGGGCGUAUAGCCCGAUGGGAGUUCAGGGAGCUGGGUUAAGCACAAUAGGCAGCGAUUCAAACAGAGAGAGGAGAAAUGGGCUAAGGAUUCUAUAUCUGAAUGCACAAAGUGUCAGAAAUAAGGCGGAUGAGCUUGAAGCUCAGGUGCAAAUGGGUAACUAUGAUGUUGUUGGGAUAACGGAGACAUGCGUGCAGGGAGAUCAGACUUGGGAAAUGAAUGUUCAAGGGUAUACGUGCUAUUGUAGGGACAGAAAUGUGGGCAGAGGGGGUGAGGUGGCCCUGUUGGUGAGGAAAGAGAUUCAGUCCUUUGCAAGGUUGGACAUAAGGUCAGGAGAAGUAGAGUCUGUGUGGAUAGAACUGAGGAACAGUAAGGGCAAAAGGACCGAAAUGGGUGUUGUCUACAGGCCACUAAACAGUAGCAUGGAGAUUGGGUGCAAGUUGAAUAGGGAGUUGAAUUGGUAUGUGGGAAAGGUAAUGUUGCAGUAGUUACGGGGGAUUUCAACAUGCAGGUGAACUGGGAGAAUCAGGUUGGUGCUGGACCCCAGGAUAGGGAGUUUGUAGAGUGUCUACGGGAUGCAUUCUUGGAACAGCUUGUACGAGAGCUGACCAGGGACAAGACUAUUCUGGAUUUAGUGUUAUGUAAUGAACAGGAUUUGAUAAGUGAUCUUGCAGUAAAGGAGCCAUUAGGAGGUAGUGAUCAUAAUAUGAUAAGUUUUUAUCUGCAAUUUGAGAAGGAUAAGGGCAGCUCGGAGGUGUCAGUGUUGCAGUUGAACAGGAGAAACUAUGGAGCCAUGAGGGAGUAGCUGGCCGAAGUUAACUGGACGGAUAUCCGAGCAGAAAAGACAGUGGAACAGCAAUGGCAGGUAUUCUUGGGAAUAAUGCACAAGGUGCAAAAUCAGUUCAUCCCCCAGAGAAGGAAGGAUUCAAAGGGGGGAAAGGGGCCACAGUGGUUGACAAAGCAAGUCAGAGAUUGCAUAGCAUUAAAAAAAAGGAAGUAUGACAGAGCUAAGGUGAGUGGGAGGACAGAUGAUUGGGAAGUUUUUAAGGAACAGCAGAACUUAACUAAAAAGGCAAAACGAGGAGAAAAAAUGAGGUACAAACGCAAGCUAGCCAGGAAUAUAAAGGAAGAUAGCAAAAGUUUUUUUAGGUAUGUGAAGAGAAAGAAGAUAGUUAAGAACAAUAUUAGGCACUUGAAGAAUGAAUUGAAUGAAAUUGUUAUGGGAAAUAGAGAAAUGGCAGAAGAAUUUAAUGAGUACUUUAGAUCUGUUUUCACUAAGGAAGACACAAGCAAUCUCCCAGAUGUAUGGAUGGGCCAAGGACAUAGGGUAACAGAGGAAAUGAAACAGAUGGACAUUAGGAAGGAAACCGUGAUGAGUAGACUGAUGGGACUGACGGCUGACAAAUGCCCAGGUCCAGAUGGUCUGCAUCCUAGGGUACUAAAGGAGGUGGCCCUGGAAAUUGCGGAUGCAUUGGUAAUCAUUUUCCAAUGUUCCUUAGAUGCAGGAUCAGUUCCUGAGGAUUGGAGAAUGGCUAAUGUUAUCCCACUUUUUAAGAAAGGAGGGAGGGAGAAAACAAUCGACCUGUCAGCCUGACAUCGGUGGUGGGGAAGAUGCAAGAGUCCAUUAUUAAGGAUGAAAUAGUGGCAUAUCUAGAUAGCAGUGAUAGGAUUGGGUUGAGCCAGCAUGGAUUUACCAAGGGUAAAUCAUGCUUGACUAAUCUAUUGGAGUUUUUUGAGGAUGUAACCAGGAAGUUAGACAAGGGAGAUCCAGUACCUUGAUUUUCAGAAGGCAUUUGAUAAGGUCCCACAUAGGAGAUUGGUGGGUAAAAUCAAAGCUCAGGGCAUCGGGCGGAAGACAUUAACAUGAAUAGAAAACUGGUUGGCAGAUAGAAAGCAAAGGGUAACGGUGAAUGGGUGUUUCUCGGAAUGGCAGGUGGUGACUACUGGGGUGCCAAAGGGUUCGGUAUUGGGACCACAGCUGUUUACAAUUUAUGUCAACGAUUUAGAUGAAGGCAUUGAGAAUAACAUCAGCAGAUUUGCUGAUGCUACUAAGCUGGGUGGCGGUGUGACAUGUGAUGAGGAUGUUAGGAGAAUUCAGGGUGACUUGGAUAGGCUGGGUGAGUGGGCAGAUACUUGGCAGAUGGUGUUUAAUGUGAAUAAGUGUGAGGUUAUCCACUUUGGGAGUAAGAACAGGAAGGCAGAUUAUUAUCUGAGCGGUGUAGAGUUCGGUAAGGGAGAAAUACAAAGAGAUCUAGGAGUCCUUGUUCAUCAGUCACUGAAGGUGAAUGAGCAAGUGCAGCAGGCAGUGAAGAAUGCUAAUGGAAUGUUGGCCUUUAUUACAAAGGGAAUUGAGUACAAGAGCAAGGAAAUCCUCUUGCAUUUGUACAGAGCCCUGGUGAGACCACACCUGGAGUAUUGUGUACAGUUUUGGUCUCCAGGGUUAAGGCAGGACAUCCUGGCUGUAGAGGAAGUGCAGCAUAGAUUCACGAGGUUAAUUCCUGGGAUGUCUGGACUGUCACGCAGAGAGGUUAGAGAGACUGUGCUUGUACACGCUGGAAUUAAGGAGAUUUAGAGGGGAUCUGAUUGAAACAUAUAAGAUUAUUAAGGGAUUGGACAAGAUAGAGGCAGGAAAUAUAUUUCAGAUGCUGGGAGAGUCCAGUACCAGAGGGCAUGGUUUGAGAAUAAGGGGUAGGUAAUUUAGGACAGAGUUAAGGAGAGUUGUGGGGGUCUGGAAUGCACUGCCUCGGAAGGCAGUGGAGGCCAAUUCUCUGGAUGCUUUCAAAAAGGAGAUAGAUAGGUAUCUUAUCGAUAGGGGAAUCAAGGGAUAUGGGGACAAGGCAGGAACCGAGUAUUGAUAGUAGUUGAUCAGCCAUGAACUCAAAAUGGCGGUGCAGGCUCGAUGGGCCAAAUGGUCGACUUCUGCACCUAUUGUCUAUUGUCUGAGAUGUUCUUCACCCCUCAAAUCUCUGGGCUGAAGGAGAAUGAUACUGGGCAUUAACCUCCUUAUUCAGGGCUCAUUUCCACAUUAUGGGUCAUUUUCCCUGCUUCUGAAGGGUUGUUAGAAAACACCCCUGUCCUCUAAAGACUGAAAACAGAAUGGGAAACCAUUAGUUGGAUGUUCAACGGAGCAGGGUCAGAAACCAGAGGCAGGUCUGCACAGGGCAGAGUUUGGGGCUCUUGACCAUGGUCGGGGUAAGAACGUAUGAUGAGGAGAAGUGAAUCAGCAGCGGGGCGUGGCAAUGAAUGACAGAGUAGCAACAUUUGGAAGCUGAUUGGCAGGGAAAAUCUUUCACUUGUCUGACUGAUGACUCAAACAAUACCUGUGGUAAGGUGCUUCACUGGUUAAAAAACGAGUAUGUUGGGAAUGGUUUUAUCUGUUGAGGGAGUUGUUCCUGCUUGUUUAUCCUGUAAUAUUAUAUCGAGAUGGAUAUCAUGGAUUGUCCUAUCUGAAAUAAUGUAUUGAUUUCAUAUAAUUUGUACGAUUUUGACUCUAAAACUGGAUCAGGCUUGAAUUUAUGGAGCCUUUAUGAAAUGAUGGAGGGCAUUCAUGAGUUUGUAUUUUAAAGCAAGGUUUUGAUGAAUGAUAUUUGCUACUUGAUUGUACCUGUGUAAAUAAUCAGAUUGAGUUAAACUGCUGCAGGAUCCUGGUAUGUGUUGGGUUGCGUUUGGUUUCUCUUGGCAUUUUCUGCGCUUACUGCCUUGUUUGUUUGUAUUUCAUGUAUUUUCAAUUUUUGUUUGCCUGUUGUUAACCACCUUGUCCUGUAUUUCCGAAAGGAACCCCUCUGUUUCUGGGAAGAGGUCUCCAACUCUCUGUCAGGUGCUCGAUGCUUCCUUGUCAACAUCUAGACUGCACAGAUCGUUGGGAUGUCUCUCAUGGAGGGUCAUACUCAUUCCACUGGUUAAUGUUUUCUUCCAGAGUGAUGAUUCAUUUUUCUGAGUUGGCCUCAUUUAGGUUUUCUGUUCUGUAUUUCUUAUCACGAUUGCAUAUACACACAAGGAGUGCUGAAUUCUGUUCAUUUUUGAUGAAAGUAUAUACAACCCCAUUUCUAGAAAAGUUCAGACAUUUUCCAAAAUGCAUUAAAAACAAAAAUCUGUGAUAUGUUAAUUAACGUGAACCUUUAUUUAACUGACAAAACUACAAAGAAAAGAUUUUCAAUAGUUUUACUGACCAACUUAAUUGUAUUUUGUAAAUAUACACAAAUUUAGAAUUUGAUGGCUGCAACACACUCAACAAAAGUUCGGACAGAGUUAAAAUAAGAUUGAAAAUUGCACAGAAUAUUCAAGUAACACCGGUUUGGAAAACUCCACAUUAAGCAGGCUAAUUGGUAGCAGGUGUGGUGUCAUGACUGGGUAUAAAAGUAGUGUCCAUCAAAGGCUCAGUCUUUGCAAGCAAGGAUGGGUCGUGGCUCACCCUUUUGUGCCAAAAUUCGUGAGAGAAUUGUUAGUCAGUUCAAAAGGAACAUUUCCCAAUGUAAGAUUGCAGAGAAUUUAGGUCUUUCAACAUCUACAGUACAUAAUAUUGUGAAAAGAUUCAGAGAAUUCAGAGACAUCUCAGUGCGUAAUGGGCAAGGUCGGAAACUGCUGUUGAAAGUGCGUGAUCUUCGAGCCCUCAGGCGGCACUGCCUAAGAAACUGUCAUGCUACUGUGACAAUUAUAGCCACCUAAGCUCGGGAGUACUUCAGAAAACCAUUGUCACUUAACAGUCUGUUGCUGCAUCCAGAAAUGCAACCUGAAACUGUAUUACGCAAGGAGGAAGCCAUACAUCAACUCUAUGCAGAAACGCCAGCGAGUUCUCUGGGCCCGAGCUCAUCUCAGAUGGACCGAAAGACUGUGGAACCGUGUGCUGCGGUCAGAUGAGUUCACAUUUCAGCUAGUUUUCGGAAAAAAACGGGCGUAGAUUUCUCCAUGCCAAAGAUGAAAACGACCAUCCUGAUUGUUAUCAGCGAAAGAUGCAAAAGCCAGCAUCUGUGAUGGUAUGGGGGUGCAUCAGUGCCCACGGCAUGAUUGAGUUGCAUGUAUGUGAAGGUACCAUUGACUCUAAGACAUAUAUUAGGAUUUUAGAGAGACGUAUGUUGCCAUCAAGGCCACGUCUCUUCCCGGGACAUCCAUGCUUAUUUCAUCAGGACAAUGCCAGACCACAUUCUGCAUGGGCUACAACAGCGUGGCUUUGUAGACACAGAGUGCAUGUGCUUUACUGGCCUGCUGCCAGUCCAGAUCUACUGUUGAAAAUGUAUAGCGCAUCAUGAAGAGGAGAAUCAGACAACGGAGUACAUGGACUGUUGAGCAGCUGAGUCUUAUAUCAAGCAAGAAUGGACAAAAUUUCCAAUUGCAAAUCCACUACAAUUAGUAUUCUCAGUUCCAAAAUGAUUGAAAAGUGUUUUUAAAAGGAAAGGUGAUGUAACACAAUGGUAAACAUGCCUCUGUCCCAAUUGUAUUUACAAAAUACAAUUAAGUUGGUCAGUCAAACUAUUGAAAAUCUUUUCUUUGUACUUUUGUCAGUUAAUUAACGGUUCUUGUGAAUUAACAUAAUCAUAGAUUUUUGUUUUUAUUGCAUUUUGGAAAAUAUCCCAACUUUUCUGGAAAUGGGGCUUGUACUUAAAAGUUUUAUCUGACCGCUGUGUGAUUUUUUUUUUCAUGUUUGUUAUUCUUCUUCCUCCUUUUGUCUAAGGUAGAGUUAAUCCAAGAGGGUUUGAGUGUAAAUAGUCUUUUCUAAAGUUACCAUUUCAGUUCUUAUUUAUCUUCAUAAAUUUCACUGAUUGAAAUGGGACCAAGAUAUUUUUAUUAAAAAAAGUGAAUGUUGAUAUUGAUGGAAGUGUUUAUUUCCUUUGUUGUAUUUGUUAACUAUUGAGCUCUGUUUGGCAGGUUUAUUUAAGCCUUGAACUAAAUUCUGUCAAAGGUUUCACACCACUUUCUAUUUCUUUUCCUUGUUGAUAUUCCAGAUACGUGGGUGUCAAGAAUCCAGAUGAAGGGUCUUGGCCUGAAAUGUUGAUUCCCAUCCAUAGAUGCUGCCUGACAUGCUGAGCUCCUCCAGCACUUGUGUGUCCUUCUGUAGAUUGCUAGAAGCUGCAGGUCCUCUUGUUGCCCAGAUACUUAGUGUUUCUUGAAAGAACAAGCUGGUAGUGGGUCUUGUGUGGCUCUCUUGGUAAAAUAUUAAAUAAAAUCAUUAGAAAGAGGUGGCAUGGGUUGGAAGGUGCAACAUCUAUGGGUAGAAUUAAGGAACAACAAAUGUAAAAAAAAUAAUCCCUGAUAGGAAUUGUAUAGAGACCUCGAAACUGUAGUAAAUAUGUGGUCCACAAAUUACAAUGGGAGAUAGAAAAUGCGUGCCAAAAGGGCAAUGUUACAAUAGUCAUGGGGGAUUGUCAUGCAGGUGAUUAGGAAAAUUAGGACGGUGUUGGUCUCGAGGAGGAAUUCCUGGAAUGCCUACAAGAUGCUUUUUUAGAACAGCUCGGGGUUGAGCCCACUUGGGGAUCAGCUAUUCUGGAUUGGUUGUUGUAAUGAACUGGAAUUAAUUAGGUCACUUAAGUUCAAGGAAUCCUGAGGGACAAGUGAUCGUAAUAUGAUCAAAUUCACCCUGACAUUAGAGAAGGAGAAGCUGAAGUCAGAUGCGGAAUAAAGAGAAUUAGAGAGGCAUGAGAGAAAAAUUGGUCAAAAUUGAUAUUAAAAGAACACGGACAUGGAUGAAAACAAAGCAACAAUGGCUGGGAUUUCUGGAAGCGAUUCUGAAGGUACAAGAUAUAUACAUCACAAAUAGGAAGUAGUAUUCUAAAGGUAAGGUGACAAAACCGUGGCUGAUAAGAGAAAUCAAAGACAACAUGAAAACCAAAGAGAGGGCAAAGAGAAAAAAUUACUUAGAAGUUAGAGGAUUGGGAAGAUGUUAAAAUCCAACAGAAUGCUCUACAGGCUAACCAUGGCACUCACGGCUGGAGGUGCGCUUUAUGUUGUCUACCAACUGUUCAACAUUGCCCUGCCUAAGAAGAAGUAACGUCCAUUCGCAAACAUGUUUUAUUCCACAACCCUGUCUAACUAUGUAUACUGUAACUCUUCAGGGAUCUGAUCUUGUGAAUGGCUGUUCAUGGUUUAUGGGAACAGUAACUUAUUUGACAUGGCUUAUAUAACAAAUAAAGUGAUUAAUUACACAAAAAAAAGAA